AUGCGUCUGUUAGUUCUGUCCCUGAUUCCUUUAGUGUGCCUAGUGCAUCAGGGAGCUCUGUCUCCAGUUCACAGUCAAGUUAGUGUUGGUUUUGCUGAUGAUCCUCUCGCUACAAGAGAAGACGUGAUAAGCAUCACGAAAGACGUCCAGAAGUUCUUAGCUACAAUAUCCCAAUUGAAGAAGGCAAUGGAAAUGAUGGACACUAGUAGCAAUACUUCAGAAUCCAAUAUUCGUAUACUUCUUGAAGACAAAUGCUCUUCUGCUGAACCAGAAGAUGAAGAGAUAGACGGAGUUGAGGAAGGAGAGGAAGAAUACGAAGAAAAGCUCAAAGAAGACAAACCUGGCGAUGCUGAAGACCCGGAGGUGAUAGAGGUAGAGGAGGAAGAUCAAGUCGGGGAGAAGCUAAGACAACUCAUAGAGAUUGUAGAGGUGUGCCUCACUUCAAAUCAAGGAAUGCAGUCGACUGAGUUGACCAGAGCAAGUCUUAACUUAUUGAAGACUUAUAAAAGCUGCACUCAUAAUAAUGAGACUGUCUCUGAUUGUCCGGUCUGCAAUGAAGCAAUUGAUAUCCUUGUGGACACUUUCACUAGAUGUGUCUCUGAUUUUUUGACUGGAGAGACGUCAGAUCCUGCUAGUGGUUUUGCUGGUGGAUCUAAAAUAAGACCUCAAGCAUUGGGUCUGCAGCUAGGGAAAUCAUUACAGCUAUCAAAAUCUCAUGAUAAUUUAGCUAGAUUCAGCAGUUCAGUUGAUCUGACGCAAGCGAAUGAACCAAUUGUUGAUACUAUUGAUCAGGCAUUAUCCACCAUUGAAAACAGUGUAGAAGUCGCUUCAUCAUAUCUCAAGUUUAGACAGAAGUAUCAUAGAGAAGUGGUUGGAUAUUUGAGCAAAAGAGCACAGAUUGAGCAACGUUACUAUGCUCAGCUUGGUAAAGUAGUCCGUCAAACUCAAGCAGCACUCUCUGAACUACACCAGCAAGAAGAGUGUCUUCCAUUAUAUGAUGUCUUUAGGACGUCACUGGAUCAGGACAACAGAUAUGCUAUGAACUGCAACACGACAUUCAACCUACAGACUGGACACAAAGUCCUUGAAUAUCUAGAGGGUAAGAUACAAGAGUGUGAGAAGAUGAGAAAAGAUCUAAUGCACAAUUGGGUCAAGGAAAGAAAGAAACUGCUUGAUGCCAAGAGCUCAAUGAAAAGUGCCAAAGCCAAAUACAUAUUUUACGGUCAGGAACUAGCCAGGGCUAAGAACCAGCUUGCAGCUGAUCCUUAUGGUAAACAAGCCGACAGACGCAAGAAAGAAGUUAGUGACUUAGAAACAAAGUUUCAAGACUCAGAGCAGAAUUACAAGUUAUCGAUAGCUCACUGCAAUGACUGCCAGUACCAGGUUCAUGCCACAGCACAGAAGUCAAUCCUCUGUGCUUUCAGGAGAAUAAUUGUUGGAUUUGAUACUACACUUAAAGCAGGUCUUGAGAGUUACUUUCAGUUACAAUACAAUUUCUUCAAGACACUCCCCAACCCGCUCCUGGAGAGUAUUGAUGAGACUAGAGAUUAUGAAGCCGGUUCAGAGUUCCUGUCCUUCAUUGAGAAGAGGCCCCACGUCUCUGAAGAACUUGAGGAUUAUCACUUUGAAGAAUUCGAUCCUGAAUCAGAGGUUUGGGAUUCUGGUGAAGACCCUGCCGAUCCGACGUUGGGUUCCAGCCAGACCUCGGAUGGUUUUAAAGGUCCCCAAAGGUCCCUCAGCCCAACAGAGUAUAAGCCGCUAAUAGCUGCAGCUCUCCCAAUGAUACGAAUGGAGUCUCCAACUCCGAAACAGUCUCGGCCUAAGAGUGUUGUUAAUAUUGAUAUGGCUUCACUUGAGAAUUCAAGCAGUAAAACUAAUUUACAAAGGAGAAAUAGUGAGAAAGGGAAGGACUAUCACUCCAUCACAGGAUCCCCAUACUCCAGUGGUAGAUCAGUCACUGAUGAUGUUGUACUAUCCAAAGUAGCUCGUACCCACACCUUCAAGAGACUGAGAACCCCAUCAAGAUGCAGAGGCUGUGAUACUUAUGUGUACUUCCAUGGCUUCGAAUGUGAAAUUUGUGGUUUAUCUUGUCAUAGAAAGUGUUCUUCUACACUAGCCAUUCGUUGUGAUACUAAGAAAUUGCCUCGUAAGAUGAAUACUUUUGGUGUUGAUUUCCUUGAGCAUCUAAAAGCAACCAAGAGACACAUACCAAUAAUAGUAACAAAAUGUAUCAAUGAGAUUGAUGAAAGAGGUCUCAAUACUCAAGGACUCUACCGCAUAUCGAGUGCUAAGAGUAAAAUGGAGAAACUCUGUCAGUUGUUUGAAGCUGGUUCUGAGAGGGUUGAUCUCUCCGACCUACCACCUCACCUCAUCAGCUCCUGUCUUAAACUAUACUUCAGACAACUUCCAGAGCCUCUUCUCACAUUCUCACUCUAUCAAGAGUUUCUCUCAUUUGCCAAGGAAGCUACGAGGUAUCUGCCUUGUGAUCUAAGCGCUGCUACUAACGACAAGGAAAUGAAAGCUAGGGAAUUACUGAAGAGAUUGAGAGAGCUGAUAUACAGACUACCUGAGCAAAACCAACUGACACUCGCUAGACUAAUGUACCAUUUACACAGAGUUAGUAGUCCAGAGCAUGUCAAAACUAACUGUAUGCCUCCCAGUAAUAUUGGUAUUGUGUUUGGACCUAAUCUACUGCAACAAAGAGAGAUGAUACCUUCACUUGAAUUACUAGCCAACAUGAGCUAUCAAGCAAAAGUUGUAGAAAUAAUGGCUGCUCAUGUUCAUGAUAUAUUUAAUGUCAGUGAGGAGGAGUUGAAACUAUUAGAGAAUGAGUCGAUUGAAGACGAAGGAAAUGAGAGAUUCGUUGGAGAAGAAGAUGUACCACACACUCAAAGCAAAGCACCCAGACACAGUUCAUCAUUCAUUCAUAUUGAGGUUGUUGCAUUGUCCCAACCUAACCCAUCAUCUAAACUUCUGUAUGGGAACUUAUACUCAACAGUUGAUCUACUCUUAGUAUAUGAAUUAAUUUGA